UCUCCUUUAAAGAAGAUGGAAAGGCUAAAAAGUUGCAAUCCAAUUUUAUCUUCACAUUCUCUUUAUUGGGCUGCAGCUAUUAGGCAACCAGAAUAAGUGUUUUUACUUUGUCCCUCCCUUUAGCACGCUGAACCUAAUAGAAGCUAUGAGUUGUGUCACUACCACAGGUACAGUCCUUCCUCAUUCCUACCACCACCCCCACUAGCACUAUCAUACCGCUGCAGCGCGUCACACUCACUAAGCGUGACUUCCUGUCUCAUCUCGCGAGAUUGUGACGAUCCUCUCGGCGAGCAGGCGUGCAGCAAGCGUGGAGCUGGGCUUAUAAACAGCGAUCCGGGAGUGCGUUCUGUUCUGUCAAAAGUGGGUCUGUUGGGCGAUUAAAGAUGUUGACAGAAAGUGAUGAAUUUCUCAGCUCUCCACCCAAAAAAACUGUCAGAUUUGGUGGAAAAGUGACAGAAAUCUUGUUCAAGUAUUCAAAGGGUGAUGUCGGAGACUUUGAGCUUUUGAAACAUCAGUUAUCAGAUCCAGAAAUUAAGGAUGUGCAGCUACUAAACUGGUUGCAUGAAUUCCGCUCUUGCAUUACGUACCUGACUAAAGAUUAUGAGCAGCUUGUCAGCAUUGUCUUGAAACUACCAUGGCUGAACAGAAGCAAAGAAGUUGUAGAGGAAUAUUUGUCUUUUUUGGGAAACCUUGUUUCAGCUCAGACUGUUUAUCUGAGAUCUUGCCUGAGCAUGAUUAUCUCACACUUUGUGCCUGCUCGCGUUAUCAUAAGAGAUGGUGAUGUGGAUAUUUCGGAUUCUGAUGAUGAAGAUGAAGAUAUUAUUUCAACAUUCAACACGUGUCAUAGAGCACUCCAGAUAAUUGCUAAAUAUGUUCCUUCAGCACCUCGUUUUCUUAUGCCAAUACUUGUGGAAAAGUUUCCUUACACCAACAAAUCUGCAAGAACAUUGGAAUGUUAUGUGCACAACCUUCUGCGAAUUUCUAUCUAUUUCCCGACACUGAGGCUUGAGAUUCUGGAGCUUGUGGUUGAAAAGCUUUUGAAGAUGGAUGUUAGUGCUUCUCGUCAGAAUAUAGAGGAGGCUGAAGAAUCUGCUUACCAAGGUGGUGGAGAACAAAACAAAGAAGAGGGGCUUUUCAAUAUGGAUGAAGAUCUGCAAGAAAUGACCACAACUUCUGUUGUUAAUGAGACUAUGGCACAUCCAGUUGCUGAACGCUUGGAUAUAUUGAUAUUGACCCUCUGUUCUUACAUUAAAGAUGUCUGCUUAACCAAUGGUGCCCUGGACUUGAAUAAAACAAAAGACAUGUAUAGAGAUUUGUUGGCUGUAUUUGAUAAGUUGAUUCUACCAACACAUGCUUCUUGCCACGUGCAGUAUUUCAUGUUUUAUAUUUGCAGCUUCAGAUUGGGCAUUGCAGAAGCAUUCGUGGAACAUCUUUGGAAGAAACUGCAGAAUCCAAAUAAUCCUCCAGUUAUCCGACAGGCAGCUGCAAACUAUAUUGGAAGUUUUCUGGCUCGUGCCAAGUUUAUUCCAUUGGUGACAGUGAAAGCUUGCCUUGAUCUACUGGUAAACUGGUUGCAUGGUUAUAUUGAUAACCAGGAUGCUGGAAGUAGAGCCUACUGUGAUGUAACUGUCCAUGGUCCCUUCUAUGCGGCAUGUCAGGCAGUGUUUUACUCCUUUAUAUUUCGCCAUAACCAGUUUUUGGAAGGGAACAUGCGGAAAGGUCUGGCCUACCUACAGAAUCUUAAUUUGGAAAGAAUAGUCAUGUGCCAAUUGAAUCCUUUAAAAAUCUGCCUUCCAUCUGUGGUUAACUUCUUUGCAGCCAUUACAAGGAAAUACCAGUUGGUGUUUUGCUACACUAUCAUAGAGCGCAACAAUCGGCAGAUGAUCCCCAUUAUAAGAAGCAGCACUGGUGGUGACUCUGUGCAAGUCAGCUUUAACCCACUUGACAGUUUUUUUCCCUUUGACCCCUGCAUUCUCAAAAGGUGUAAAAAGCUUAUGGAUCCAUUUUAUCAAGUAUGGGAAGAGUCUAACACUGAAGAUUUGAAAGGAGGGCAAAAGCAUAUAAAGAGUUCCACUGCAGAUGAUGAAGAUGAUUUUCUCAAAGGACAAACUCCUCAGAAUGACAGUUCAGUUGAAAUGACUCCAGGGUCUUUUGAUUCUCAUCUGAAAAGCCCUGCUAGCAGCAUGGGGUCCCCAACUGCUUCAUUUCUACGACGUCCCUUCUGAAGAGUGAAGAAGUAUGUAAAUGCAAUAAGCAUUUGCACAAGGGAGUAAUCUUGUCAGCCCCCUCUUGUAAUGGGGCGUGCAGUUGUAUUCCACAUUGCAGAAGUCCAAAAGAGAUUUCUGGCAGCAAGAGUUGAAAGGAGCUAACCCUGAUUUCUGUGUAUAUCAGUUGGAAUAUCUGUAAGGUGCAGAGUAAGAUCUUGCAAAAGUCUGUUUGGAAGCUCAAAUAUUGGAAAGAGCUUCAUUUAUUGAGAGGAAUAUAUUACAGUGUAUGAAAAGAAUCUACAGUUAAUAAUAACAGAAAUGCAAUGUGAUACACUUAAGUUCUUAAUAUGAUAUGUUGCCCUGCUAUGAUUGGCACAUCUUUUCCAUUGAUGCACUUUACCAACAGAUGGCUUAUAACUGUGCAACUUUCUAAAUACCUCUUAGUUGUGCACAGAAUAUGACAGUAGGCCCCUAUCAACAAGGUCUUAUACAUAAGUAUCUGAACAAAUUACAGUGUCCAUUUUAGGACAGCUUGCAGAAUUUUACCACUUAUCUAUCUAUUGCAUAUCUUGUCAGACCUGUACUGUGCACACGCAGCUUCAGCCUCCCUCUCCAAAACCACCCCUUAUAUCUUCACUCUGCACAGCUCUGCAGCACUGCAUCCUCCCCUUAUAUGCUUUAUAUUGUAUGCUUCCUCAUCUCUGUGCCCUCCUGCUUUUGCUAUAGUGCUGCUGGCUCAGUUCUCCCCCUGACAUGCUCCAUCCACCUUCAGUGCUGUUCUCAUUCAUCCCUCUUGUGACCCCCUCCCCCCUUCAGCUGUCACACGCUCCCUCAAUCUUCCCUUUUUUUGCCAUUUGCCAUCAGCUGCUCGACUAAUGCUGGGCAGAGCAGAGAGUGGGAUGGCACAGUGGAAUGGAGGAGGCUUGUGACAGGGCUUUGUAUAAUGUCAGCAUAACAGACCGCUGGAAGGAGCAAUUACAGAUGGGAGGGUGUAUGGAGGAUUUCAGUAUGUGAAGGAUGAUGAAUUUACAGGGGUAGGACAUAUAUUAAUUUUGGUGGAGGAUGCCCUAAAAUAGAUGCUGUAACAAAGCUUGUCUUAAGGAUCUAACCCAAUAUAAUAUAAGGUGGCUUUUGAGGCUAUCAUCCCACCAGCAACAACGUCAUCCAUCCCAAACCAGUUAUCUUUUAGGCUGGCAAUGAAUCUACUAAUUGAACCUACAGGAAGUCUGUUAGUGACAUUGAAAAGAAUCUCCAUCUGGCCUACUCAAAGGCACCCUGCCAGAGCAGGCUCUUGCUAAGGUGUCACUUAGAGAUUAGUCACCCAAUGUGACUUUGGUCUUUGUUAGGGUACUGUACUAACCUCUAAUGAUGUGUUUAUACAUUAUAUAUUUAGGCAAGAACUAGUUACAGGUGAAAAAAAUUCAAAUUAAAUUAUGCCAUAAGAAAUGCUGUAAUAUUUAUCAAUGGUGGUCACUGUUUUUUUUACACAGCUUUUUUUUUAAAAGGCUGCUAAUAUUUAACACUUUGCUACACAGUUUCCUAAAAUACCCAUCUUGAUAAAUAUGCCAGAUUUAUGUGGCAGUGUGAGGUAUAUUCGUAUAUAGUUUUUUUUUUAAACAGCUUAAUAAAUAUGCCCCAUUCUGUGUUAUUUUUUUUGUUAUUUGCAUGUGAUUCUAUUUAAAGAGAAUUCCCAACUUAACACUGUUAGUAUUUCUAGAUCAGGGCUGUCCAAGUGAAGGCAUAGAGCCAAAUGUGGUAUUCUUAGGGAUUUUAUGCCAGCCAGUCUACUCAUGGGAGCCACAGGCUUGGUAUAACAUUAUUUUAAUAUACUCUGGCCCUUAAACAUGCUGUAUUACAAAUAAUUGGUCCAUAUGGUUGCACAUAACUGUCGAAGAUAAUCUAUCCUGGCUUUUUACAAUGAAAAUUGCACUAAUGUUAGUGUAUGUUUUAUUUCUUUUUGCUGUGUUUAAGAUAUGUAUGGAAGUUUCCCAUACUAUUUAAUAAAUAUUUUGUCACGGUCA